UGCGCGGUGGGCCUCUCCCGUCCCCUCAGCCCAGCUCCUCAGCGCGAGCCCGGGCGGCGGCGGCGACGCUGAGGCGAAGCGCCGGCGAGGACGACGAAGGGGCGGGAAAGGGACGAGCCGCCGCCAAGACGGACUUCUUGUGGGACAAGCGUACCGGGCUGACGGCCAAGAAGAUGCCUCGUUCUCGGAGGUUUCUGUCUUCGGAACGCAGCAGCCGGGGCAGUUACCGUGAGUGUUACAGAAACCGCAAACACAAGCGGCGGCGGAGUCGUUCCCGGUCGAGCAGCAGUGAGCGGUGGCAUCACCGGGACGACAGCUAUCAUGUCCGAUCGGGGAGUUACGACGAUCACUCAUCUGACCGACGUGCCUACGACCGGCGAUACCUGGAGGAUUACCGACGAGACGGCUACAGCGACCGGGGCGGGGAUGCCUACUACGAGCCCGAAUACCAGCCUUCGGAUGAGUACCAGCGUUCCCGGGAUGGCAGUUACCGGAACUGCAAGAGUAACCGGCGGAAACGGCGACGGAGACGGCACGGAAGCCGCUCCUUCAGCCGUUCCUCCUCGCAGAGUCGUCCCAGCAGCAGGAGGAGAGCCAAGAACGUGGAGGACGACGUGGAAGGGCACCUGAUCUAUCGGAGCGGCGACUGCCUGCAAGAGAGAUAUGAGAUCGUCACCACCCUUGGGGAAGGCACCUUUGGGCGCGUGGUGCAGUGCAUCGAUCACCGCAGGGGCAACACCCGGGUGGCUCUCAAAAUCAUCAAGAACGUGGAGAAAUACAAAGAAGCCGCUCGCUUGGAGAUCAACGUGCUGGAGAAAAUUAACGAGAAAGAUCCCGACAACAAAAACCUCUGCGUCCGGAUGUACGACUGGUUUGACUACCAUGGCCACAUGUGCAUCUCCUUUGAGCUGCUGGGCCUCAGCACGUUCGAUUUCUUGAAGGAUAACAACUACCUGUCCUACCCCCUCCACCAGAUCCGGCAUAUGGCCUACCAAGUGUGCCAGGCGGUCAGAUUUCUGCACGAGAACAAGCUCACCCAUACAGACCUCAAGCCGGAGAAUAUCCUCUUUGUCAACUCGGACUACGAGAUGACCUACAACCUGGAGAAGAAACGAGACGAGCGCAGCAUCAAGAACACGGCCAUUCGGCUGGUGGAUUUUGGCAGUGCCACUUUUGAUCACGAGCACCACAGCACCAUCGUCUCCACGCGGCAUUACCGGGCUCCCGAGGUCAUUUUAGAACUCGGCUGGACCCAGCCCUGCGACGUUUGGAGUAUUGGCUGCAUUAUCUUCGAGUAUUACAUGGGCUUCACUUUGUUCCAGACCCACGACAAUCGCGAGCAUCUGGCGAUGAUGGAGCGGAUCCUCGGCCCCAUCCCGUCACGGAUGAUCCGAAAAACGAGGAAGCAGAAAUAUUUCUACCACGGACAUUUGGACUGGGAUGAAAACACUUCUGCCGGGCGCUACGUGCGGGAGAAUUGCAAGCCGCUACGGAGAUACUUGACGUCCGAAGCCGAGGAACAUCACCAGCUCUUUGACCUUCUGGAGGGCAUGCUAGAAUACGAGCCGGCCAAACGGCUGACCCUAUCCGAAGCCCUCAAGCAUCCCUUCUUCGGUGCCCUCCAACUGCAGCCCACCCCCAAAGUUUGGGAUUCGAACCGGGACAUCAGCCGGUGACCCGUCGGGGCUCUGGGCUUCAUUUCCUAACCCCCCCUCCCCGACUUUAUUUGGCCCCUGUGGUGGCUGGCACGUCUUCUCCGUUUUUGGUGCUUCUCGACCAUCUGAAGGAUACAGAAGAAAAAACAAAAAAAACCCUUGAGUUCUCCUCUUCCAGGUUCCCUUCCUUUUUGUUAUCCUAUAAAGCUUGUGGAUAUGUGAAAUAGUCUGUAAAAUAUCUCUAUUAUACAUACAUAUAUAUGUGUGUGUGUAUAUAUAUAAAUUAUAUAUAUAUAUAUAUAUAUAUAAAACACAUGGCGUAUCUUGCGACAUUUCCCUCCCCCUGUAAAUAAUGCCAUCCCCCCCCCCCCCGUCCUCUCGGCCCUGCGUGGAUUUUGCGGUUCUUGGUCUUAUUAUUUUUUGGGAGAACAAACCGCCUCCUGUUUCAAAUGAUGGAAUUUUAUAAGAAUUUUGUAUAGUCUCGGUGGGGAAAAAAAAGAAAUAAAAGACCACGUCAACAAAC